AAAAAACAUCCCACCCAGAGCACCACCCAAAACUUUCUUUUGCAACCUUGCAAAACAUGGUCUCUGCCACAUUUGCUUCCACUUUUAAUCUGAUGUUAGCAGCCUCCGCUGCAGAGGAUCCACUGUCUCUUCCUCCCAUCCAGACGAAAGCAACGCCGUACUUUCCCCAUUUUGCCAGGCUUCGCAUCUUCCCCAUUUCCAAAGUCCGUCCACUUUGAACCUGACGUUUGUAGCCACCGCCAUGAAGGGGAAGGUACAGUGAAAAGCCAUGGCAAACCGCCUCUGAAUAAAUCUUGCCAAGAAAACCCUAGGACAGGUUCACUAUACUGGGUGACCUAGUGGUCUGAGCAUUUGAUUCCAACUCUGGGAGACCAGGGUUCGAAUCCCUGCUCAGUCCUGGAAAUCCACCGCAUGACUUUGGGGCAUGCCACUUUCUGCCAGCCUCUUACGAAAGCAAUGGCAAACCUCCUCUGAAUAAAUCUUGAGAUCCCGCACGAUGCCAUGGCUUCAGAGUUGGACUAGAGUUUGAGGAGAUCGGGGUUCAGAUCCCCGACUCAGCCAUAGAAACCCACUGGGUGACAUUGAGCAAGUCAUAUACUCUCAGCCUCAAAGAAAGUCAAUGGCAAACCCUCCCUAGACAAAUCCUGCCAAGAAAACCCUGUGAGAGGGUCGCCGUCCGUCGGAAAGGACUCAAAAAGGCACCCAGCAACAAACAUCUGGAGUCUGGCGUAAUGUGGAUUUAUGGAAGUGUGGAGGCCACUCCAGCUGGGAAUUGAACCAGGCUGCUCAACUGUUUACAUUCCUCCAGACUCCUCCCGUCUCUUUGCUUUGCGUGACCUAAGCACUGACGCAUUGCACGCACAUGAACUUGGGAAAGUUCCUUCCUAUUGCACAUUGCUUUGGGGGAAUAAAGGGAAAGGAUGUUUUCUGUUGGGAGUGAGGCAGCUGACACCAACAAGGAAGGAUUUCUGUCUGCAUCGCUUUCCUCCAAGUCUCAGCCCCAUUUUUCCAGCCUCUUUUGCUUUCUCAGGAGCCCAAUGUCUCACUCCAGAAGUCUCUGCUGCUGGUGUCCUCCUGUUUCCCAGCCCAGCUGGAUACGAUUUCUGUUGAGGAAGAAGGUGACCAUCAAAGACCUUCCCGAAGAUGUCCUUCUAGAGGUCCUGUCCCUGGUCCCAAGGAAGGACCUGAUCCUCAACUGCCGGCUGGUUUGCUCACAUUGGAGAGAUCUGGUGGACCUCCCCUUUCUUUGGAAGCGGAAAUGCCAACGGAUGGGCUUCUAUCCAGAGACGUCGGAUAACACCUUCCAAGAUUGGAGGACCUUCUGCUUUCUUAAUUGCAAGAGGAACUUAGUCAAGAACCCUUGCGGAGAAGCAGGCUUGGAGUCCUGGCAAAUGAAUGGGAACAAAUGGGACACUGAUGAGCAGAUCGUGCCGUACGUCAGCUCCCGUUUCUACAAACUUUGCAGAUUCAUCCCUUGUCCUCCCCAAGAUGUCCAGAAAUGCUUUAUCUUCACCUGUCCAGCAGGCUGCUAUUCAGAGAGUGGUACCAAGAAGCAGCGCAUCAAUUUAAUGGAGGAGGGCUACUCAAAUCAGCUGAUGGACGAAACCAAGCCCAAGAUCAUCGUGAAAGACUGGCAAUAUCCCGACUGGAGGUCCCAUUGCAAGCUGCACGUAAAACUGCUGUCUGCUACCUUCGACAUCCUUCAAGAACGCUAUCUAGAAGGCAGAGAGCAUAACUGGUGGAAUGAGGUCUCACACACCUUUGAGUACUACCCUCCCGGGGUCCGUCACAUUGAGCUGGAACAUGAAAUCUAUACUCGGACCUACGUGAAAAUCACGGAUAGCAGCGUCACGAUCGACCCGGAGGAGAGAAGAAGAUCCCAAGAGGACCUCUUUGUUUCUUCAGAUGCAGUUUGCCAUUGCCUUCCUCUGAGGCUGAGAGAGUGUGACUUGCCUAAGGUCACCCAAUGGGUUUGCAUGGCUGAGCCAGGAUUCGAACUGUGGUCUAUUUCCUUCUGGGCAUGGAAAGUCCAUUUAGCUGCAAAUACUUUGUUGGAGACGAGGGUUCGAAUCCCAGCUCAGCCAUGGAAACCCACUGUACAUACAAGAAAACUGUGUGAUGGGUUGGAUGCCAGGUCGGAAACGACGACAAACGCAAUUACUUUCUUGCUCGUCUUUCUUUCCGCCCAAACUUCCACAGCCGCCCGAGGCCUUUUCCGGAGCGAGAUGGCGCACAUUGCAGUCUUGCCGGAAGACAUCUUGAUCGAGGUCCUGGUCCGAGUCCCCGCCAGGGAGCUGGUCCGCAACUGCCGCCUGGUUUGCUCGCUUUGGAGGGACCUCGUCGACCUCCCCAGUUUGUGGAAACGCAAGUGCCAGGCAGACGGGUACCAUCCAAAAAUGUUGGAGAAGAACCCGCCGGAUUGGAAGGUCCACUACUUCCUUUGCAGCCUGAAGCGGAACCUGAUCAAGAACCCAUGCGCCGAAGAAGGCUUUUGUUCCUGGGAGAAAGAAUUAAGCGGUGGAGAUGAGUGGAAGAUCGAGGACCUCCCCGGAUCCCACGGGCGCGAAUUCCCUCAUCCGCACGUCCGGAAAUACUUCGUCACGUCGUACGGGUCCUGCAUCAAAAGCCAGCUCAUCACCUUAAAGAGCGAAGGCUACUGGGACCAACUGAUGGAUGAAGUGAAGCCGGAUAUUGUGGUGAAGGACUGGUACGCUGCUCGGUUUGACUGUGGCUGCCGCUACCAGCUCAGCGUGCGGCUCCUCUCGGCCGACUACAUCGUCCUCCAAGAAUUCCUCCCGGAGGAUGUGAUCAUAGAGCAGUGGAGCGACGCAGAAUGGCAAGAGGUUUCGUACACUUUCCAUGACUACCCGGCCGGCGUGCGCCACAUCCUCUUCCGCCACGGAGGCCAAGACACGCAAUUCUGGGCAGGCUGGUACGGCGUCCGUGUCACCAACACAAGCGUCACCCUCGGGCCGGAGGUGGCCGGGUGAAGAAGGGACGCUCCGCCGCAUUCGGUUUUAUUUUACAUACGCAUCUGUUUCUAUCUAUCUGUAUAAUACUUAGCCCCUUUUCCAAUGCUUCUCUUGCGCAGUCUGUGGGCAAAACCUCCCUCGAAUUUGCACAACGGUGGCAGCCAGACUAGACAUCUAUCGAUGCUUCUUCAGGGUUGAGUCCAAGGAUUUGUAGUUCUGCAUUUAAUUUCGCCCGCUCCGGGGCCACAGCGAACUGCAAAUCCCAGGGAUCCCACAUCAUGCGGCCAUGUGGCAGUUAAAGCCAUGCCAAAAGUGCAUUAUUUCUGCGGUGCAGAUUAGACCUCAGAUGCAAAAGCGUGCGG